AGGACGCUUCUCAUUCAGUAUAUUGUUUUCAAGGGAGAGGUAAAACCGGAAUCUGAUCCGCGUAGAGGGCGAAUGAGAGCCGGAGAUGAACCAGCGCAUCUGUGCCGUCCAUAAUCCCUCCUUUUCCCAGCCUCAAAAAUAGCCGCAUAUAGCUACACACACCUUCCGAUUCCGCUUCCACUUUGCAUUCCUUUCCCGGUGACCUUGUAUGACGUGACGAAGGCGUGCCGACCUCGGCCUCGUUUUGAUUUUCACGUUGUUGUCGAUGAAUCGUGAUGCGCCGCCGUCGCUCCGCUUUACGCGCCAGUGGACGCAGCCAACGGACUUGGAACACCAAACGCUGUCCAAAGUGGUGUACCCGCCACAACAGCUAGACUCCCCUUCCCCUUCCCCCCGCCGUCUCUCCCGCACACCUCUCUGCCCGUCUUCUUCGUCUCCUUUGCUGCCACAGCACCGCGGCAGUAGCACUCGGCCGACACGGCGGCCUCCCGCGGUGUCGUCCACGGCGUCUCCGCUGCCGACUCAACCGCCGCCCUCGCUUGCCGUGGGGGUCGACCGAACACCGCGCCGGGGAACGCCUUCUUUUACGUCUUCUCCUGUGCGAGGGGAAAUGUCACGCCACGGUGAAGCGCCGGCGCGCGAGAGCGACGACGCGGGCCGGCUCUUCUGGCAGCAGCAAGCGCAACGCUUCAGGGAGGCGAAUGCAGUUCUGCGACAGGAGUUGAAUGCGGUGUAUCGUGCGUUGAACGACACAGGGCAGCGCCGCUCAGAAACGGCCCCUGACGGAGGGGGAGCUGCGCUGUCCGACGCUGCAUGGCACCACUUCGACGAUCACCGUCCCCCCGCGCCUCACACGAACUCCACCGAGGACGCCCUCAGCUACGAGGCGGUAGUGCAGCAGCGCAACGUGGCGCGCAUCGAGCUGGCACAGGAGCGAGAGAAAAACUUCCUACUUCGUCAUCGCCUGCGAGAGUCGGAGAUGGAGGUGGAGCGACUGGCGGGGCGCCUCCGUGGCGUGGGUGCAGCGCACAGCCGCCGCCGCCCCGCCCCGGCGCUGUACCCCGCUGCUUCCACCACCAGCGCGGCGGCAGCACCUGGAAAGGCGAAGGCACGACCACCCACCCGCUCACCGCCGCACCCAUCCCCAACGCUACGGCGCUCUGACAGCCGCCGCGCCGCCUCUCCCUCUUCUUCGCCGACUUCUUCCGCCGAGUCGUCUACGUCUUCAUCGCUUGUAUCGGCGUCGCGCCGACGCAGAACGUCGUCCCCGCGCUCCCGAGGCAUCACGCAUCGUCAGUCCUCCAGUCGAAGCAACAGUAGCUGUGGACAGAGAAGCGACGGCGUCUCCUCUGUUGAGCGUAGCACUCGCACGGCGUUUUCUGGGGUUCCGCGUCUGUCGCGCGGCUACGCACGGAUACAGCACAGAAGCGAGGCACCAGUUCGGCGCUCGUACUCGUCUUCAUCUUCACGCAGCCAUCGUACCGCGAAGCCACCCUCGCCCCUCGCCCCUGCACAGGAGGACGUGUUGAAGGCCGCUCCCUCAUCCCUCUCGGCAAAUCACCCCGUGGUGCCACAACGGGAAUCGAAGGCGCGGGCGCUGUUGUCUUCCCUCCUCGCUGCCCACCCACCUUCCGCGCUGGAAGCCGCUUUCCGUCGCCAUCAAGACCACGGCAACACCAAGGAAACAGUUCUCUCGGAGACGGUGUCAAGUGAUGAGGCGAGUACACCGCGCUACAUUUUCCGGAGUCGUCUCUUUGGAGAGGGAGAUGCGGCACACGAUGAAAAUGCGUUGGUCACUCGUGAUUCUUCCCGACUGCAAGAGGCAAGCCAGUUAGGAGUCCGCGAAGCCUACGUUGCCCGUCAGCUGCUCUCUCCCACCCCUCCAUCGCGCUCAAGUCGAUCGUCAGCGGAGAUCGACGGAAGCACAAACGCGCUGGCGCAGCGUCUUUCAAGCAGCGGAGCGUGGAUGCCUGUUUCCGUGACGACCGUGGAAGGUAGGACGAGCCGCGGCUUAUCGUUGAGAGAGGAAAUAAAAGGGGGCGUCGCGGAGCCGUCAACGUACCGCUCUUUCUCCUUCUAG